AUGGCACCGUCACCGUCACCCGUGCUGGCACUCCUCCUCACCCUGCUCUGUGCCACCCCAGGAUGGGGGGGACCCCCUCGUGUGGGGGUGUCCCGGACACCCGGGUCCCCCGCGAGGCUGGCGUGGGGAUGCCGGGUGCUGACGGCGGCCGCAGGGCUGGGGGUGCCGGGGGGGCAUUGUGGGGUGCCCCCCACCGCCUGGUGCCAGAGCUGGGAGACGGCGCUGCGCUGCGGGGCCCUGGAGCACUGUGCCCGCCACGCCUGGGCACCCCCCACCACGACCCCAUGUCCCCGUUCUCCCAAGCCCCAGUGUCCCCAAGCCCCCAUGCCCCGAUGUCCCCAAACCCCCAUGUCCCCAUUCCCCCACGCCACACGUCCCCAUGCCAUAUCUCCCUACGUCCCCAAGCUCGUUUCCCCGCAUCCCACACCCCACGCCAUACGUCCCCACGCCUCACGUCCCCGUGCCCGGUGCCACCUCUCGCAGGACGUGUGCGCCGACUGCCAGCAGAUCGUCACCCUACUCACCCGCAUGGCCAACGAGUCGGCCACCAAGGCGGCCGUGGAGGGGUUCCUGCGGCAGGAGUGCGCGGCGCUGCCGGUGCCCAGCAUGGUGCCACCCUGCCAGAACCUGGUGCACGAGUACUUCAGCCGCCUCCUCAUCGACCUCGAGGGGCACCUCAAGCCUUCAGCCAUCUGUGCCCGCCUGGAGCUGUGCCCGGGCGAGCCGGGGGGUGCCGCGGCCAUGCCCCCCCUCGGGGCACUCAGCACCCACCUGCAGGUACGGGCCCUGCCCAUACCGCUGCCGCUCUGCUGGCUGUGCCGCACCUUCCUGGCCCGCGCCGAGGCCGCCAUCCCCAAGGAGGCGGUGGCGGAGGCGGCGACGAAGCUGUGCCGGGUGCUGCCGGUGGUGGUGGUGGGCGCGUGCCAGUGCCUGGUGCAGCGGUACGGGGUGCUGCUGGUGGAGGGGGUGCUGGGGCGCCUGGCCCCCCGCCUGCUCUGUCGCCUGCUCCUCACCUGCGGCCCCGAGGACGGUUACGCCCCGUCGUCGCCUCCCCGGCAGCCCCUCGGGGCCCCCGCGGCCCCGCCAGCUGCUUGUGCCGGCACCGAGGACCUGGGACUGGGCCACCCCCUCCCCGCGCUGUCCCCAAACCCGGGACCCUGUGCCCUGGGCCCGACCUACUGGUGCUCCAGCCCCGAGGCCGCCCGCCGCUGCCAGGCCCUGCAGCACUGCCAGGAGCACGUCUGGGUGUAG